UUUGUGAACAGAAGAAAUCAUCGGCUAGUGAGCUCCGCUUCGCUGCCCCCACCCCUGCCCCGCAGAACCAGACUGUGUGUGUGUCUUUAUUUUUUCCAGACCCCAGACGCUGAGCCCCAGCACCUGUCCCUGUCGGCUCUCUUUGGGAAGCAGGACAGAGCUCCGUGUCACGAGCCGGCGGGGCCUCCACGGCACCCCCCGCCGCCACAGGAGAAGAUCCCGGUGAGGCCGGGGGCCGUCUGCUCCCUGUCCCACGAGGAGGCCAGGAGACCCUCACCCUCGCUGGAGGAGCAGCUCUGCCCGGCCAUCCAGAAGCUCCUGGUCCGGGGCACCGACCUCCACCCGCUGUCGGAGCUGCCAGAGCGCCGGCCCUGUGACCACAGAGGGGCCGUUGGGGCGCCCGCCCGGCCCGGCUCUCCCCACGGCCCUGGGUCCUCCUCCGGUGUGCACAGCGCUCCCAAGACACAGAACCUGCUAGAGAAGCUGCGAGGCAGCUCCCGCAUCCCUGCACCUGCAGUCCCACCGCCGCUGGCACAUCCCCUGCCACAGGAGCCUCCGCUCACGCCCAGCCGCCCCGCCUUGGCCGCCAAGUUCCCCGUGGCCUCCCCCAGCGCCAGUGCGCCCACCCCACUGGAGCCCUGGAGGGACCGGCCCCCUGGCACGCAGACGCAGGCUCCUCUGCUUCAGGUCCUCUCACCCCAGCGCGUCCCAGCCGCAGCAGCCCCUUCUCUGCUCAUGUCCCCGAUGGUGUUCACCCAGCACGCCUGGGCCCCGCCGCAGGACAGGGCCAGCGGCCUCUUGCCCCUGAGAAGCCAAGACCCAGCUGCCACCCCCACCGGCCUCCUCCUGCCCCUGCAGCCCUCGGAGCCACCCGGGGUCACCGGCAGCCCCCUGACCAAGCUGCAGCUUCAGGAAGCCCUGCUGCACCUCGUCCAGAAUGAUGACAGCUUCUUAAAUAUCAUCUACGAAGCUUAUCUCUUCAGCACGACGCAGAUGGCCUUGAAGAAGACGCUGUGACAGCGGGGCAUUUUUAAACUCGUCCUCAAGGUCCUCCAGCUCAAGUUUCUUUCACAUCAAAUGCUGUUCCCCAAAAU